AUGAUGGUGCAGGGCAAGGAUCUGGUGCUCCGGCCACGGCCAAUGGGCUUGCUACCGGGCAGGCGGUACCUCAUUGAGAUGGAGGGAGUCCAGGACAAAGCGGGGAACAACUUCGGGCGGAUCAGAAGCUAUGACCUUCAGGUCCAGAUCUUGGAAGACUGGGAGGCCCCGGAAUUUCUCUCGAUGUAUCCGCCUCACGGCGCAGGAGGCGUGGAGCCGUGGACGCUGGUGACGCUCACUUUCAACGAGGAUGUGUUCAAGGGACACGGCGCGCUGCAGUUGGAGCCCAUGAAAGCCUACGGUGUACACCUGGAGCUGCCGAUCUCCCAUGGAACCGUGGUGCUGAACCAGGUGGUGUUCAAGCUUCCUCCAGAGCGGCGCCUCACCGCCGACAUGGAGUAUCGGGUCCUGGUGCCGGAGGGCUUGGUGCAGGACUUCAUAGGCAACAAGGUGGCAGCGACGGUGGCCGGCUCUUUUCGGACGAUGUCAGGGCGCACAACCACCAGCAAUUACUUCAGCGAUGGCCCCGGCAUGCCAAACCCGCCAGAACCUGAUCCCGAUGCUGAGCCACAAGAGGGCUUCCCUCGGCUUCUGGGCACCUGGCCGUUCCAUGGAGCCACAGACGUGCCGGCGCGCGUGGGCGUCGCGGUGCUCUUCUACUUCGAGGAGCCCAUCGAGUGGACGAUGGACGGAUUAGUGCACUUCCACAACGAGACGCAUAUAAUGACGUCCAUCCCCACCAGCGAGUACGAUGACGGCAGGAGAACCAGAGCUCCCGGCUGCAGCUGCUGCCUAAUCGGCGGGCGGUCAAGGUGA